AUGCAGCCGAAGAGCAAGAUUGCCGCGGACAGGGCGCUACUGCUAGAGAGCAACGCGGAUCAAGGUGUCGAAAGGGGAGGUGCAGGUAUUCGGGAAAACAAGGGCAGGCAGAUGGUUGAAGGGCAAAACCACGAUUGGCUUUACAAAGAUAUGGCGCCGAGGCGCAAGGGUAUCGGCAGCGCAGGAAAGAGCUGCGUUGAUAAAAAGACCCGAAGGCCCGUCACCCUUUCUGCGGAGAGCCGGAGACGACGCUGGGGUCUAGAGGCGUGGGUUGGGAUGCGAGUUGGGAAGCUUGUGGUGAUAGGCGAGAGGGAAGAGGAUGGUGACAGGUAUCUGUGCAGUCAGCGAGCAAGCGGGCUGAAGUUGGAGGUUGUUGGCAAGUUAUAUCAAGUCGAUUCGCGUGCCUUUGGAAGAAGACAGCGAAGGCGAGGAGAAUGCUUUGUGGAAGAGAGAGGGAAGAGACGAGGGAAAGGAGGAGGGGGAGCAGUAGAAGGUGGGAGAUAUUAG